AUGAUCGUAGUAGAGCGAGCUCGUUCACGUCCCGGCAUUCCGGAAGCUCUCCACGCGCGACAAGCGCAAGCUUGCGACCGUCUCACACGCAUACAUCUCGAUUCACAGAGAGAGAAUGUGAUGCGCAUGUACACCGCUUGCUACGUGCGGCGAGCUCGCCAAGCCCGAUUACUCUCUCUUUGUUCAUCCAACGUUGUGCUCAAUGAUAUCUGUAUGAGUGCUCAUCUUUGCGACACUUGGCUGUUGAGGUCUUUCCGCGGCUGCUCGAACAUGCUUCCUAUCCACAUCAGGCUACCAUCGGAUGUCGUGGACAACGCAGUGCCCUCCACUCCUCAUCCCAUGCUUCCAGCCAACUCUCGCCGCCCUCUCUAUAUGCCCGCAUCAUUGCCGUUGAUGCUGGCCUCUGAAAUCGUGGCUCCUUAG